AUCGCGUAAAUGAUGAUCAAUCCUCGAGGAUGGGAAGUUCCUCAGCAGAGCCCAUCCAGUACGAGGACAAGGAGCCAGUCGCCCUCAGCUGUAUUGGACGGACCAAGUUGUUGCCACCCGGAGGAACAUGCUGCCGCUGAUUUCUGGUGGGCGAGAUCGAGAAGAAGGGGAAGAGCGCUCGUGGAAAUAGCAGGACAAGCAGGAGCAGCAGCGGAGGACAGGCCUGAGGAAGAAGGGCAAAACUCCACCACAGCUGCGACGGCGCCGGGGUUCACUCAUCACUCAUUCUUCGCGGAGACAGAUACAACGGCCGUCACAACUACCAACGUUACCGCUGCGCCAAGCCCAACAAGCCCGCUCUUAUCUCCGAGACAUUCUAGGCGCCGCGGCAAACACAACCAGACAACACGAACCACCGCGGUUUCCCCGGCCGGUACCGUCGCACGACUCUUUCAGAAGAACCGUCGUAUCUUGGCCGUCGUAUCCGUCGCCGUCACCGCGUUGCUUCUGAUCCUGGCGUUGACGGCUUGCGCGGGGCUCUGGCCCUGGCGAGAUCUAUUUCCUUACAAAGGCGAACGUUUUCAACCCGCGAAAGACUGCCUGAUGGUCAAUACGAGGGCUGAAGUAGCUUGCGGCAGCCCUUGGUCAGCUCCGUGCUUUGACCUCAGCCGUUGUCGUAGCGGCGGCGGCGACUUGCUGUCCGUCUACGUGCACGACGAGACGUGCUCCAUGAGGACGAGCUCGGAGAUCAUGGCCAGCUACGGGGAUGUGGCCAUCCCGCCACCGUGGGACGCGGCGGCGGAGACCCAACUGUGGAACGCGGCGGCGGAGACCCUUCGUCAUGCCGCGGCCGAGAGGGGCCUGCUCGUGGACACCCCCGAUGAAGCGUGCAUCGUCUUCUACGCGGUACCUAGAGACAAAGGGGAGUGCGUGUCAAAGACGCCGACCUGGGGGGAGGGGCAAAACCACGCCUUGCUGGAUUUGAACGACGAGAGCCGUGCGGCGCGAAGCUCCCUGGACGGGAAGGCGAUGUUCCUGCAGUCCAACAUGCGGCCUUGCUACUACCGCCACGGAUACGACAUCGCGAUGCCCCUCCCGGCACGCAGGCCCGUCGAACGUCUCAGGGAGGUUGCCCCACAGGACCGAAAGUACUUCGCCACCUUCAAGGGCAAGCUGUAUCUGAGUGGGAACGGCUUGUUGGAGCGGAGCGCGGUGCUUGACCUCAUGAGCGGGGGGGCCUCAGCCGCCGCAGCCCCGGCCGAAGGGCGCGGCGAGAUGGGGCGCGCGAACGGCGACAGUCAAUCGUCUUCCUCUCCCGACGUGCUGGUGGUCGAGCGGUGCUGCAACUUCCACAGCGAGCAGUUGCUGUCCUGGAACAAGGCCAUGUGCGAGGCCUCCCAGCGGGAGUACGACAGCAGCCCCAGUUACGGGGACCUCAUGAACACCACCUUCGCGCUGCUGCCGGCCGGCCGGUCUCCGGCGACCUACCGCCUCGCCGAGGCGUUGUCGGCGGGCGCCCUUCCCGUCUUCAUCCACCAGGACUUCGUCAAGCCGUUCCCGGGGAAGAUUCCUUGGUCAGACUUUUCGUUUUCGUUCCCGCCAGAGGAGGUGCCGAGAAUGUUGAAGACCUUGAGAGCUGUCCCUGACAGGGAGCUGGCGCAGAUGCAGGCGACCGCUCUCGAGGUCUUCGACACGUACUUCGGGCCCGGGAUGGACAACAUGCUGCACACCGUGCUGGACAUCUUGGAGGACCGGCUCUAUUUCCGAUCAUGAAGACGGGGUCGGCGGCAUUGGCAUUGACACGACUCGUGCCCUGACGACGACACGACAUGCCACCUCUCUUGCCGCUGACGGUCCUCUUGCCUCAGCCCUGUGCAAGGGAGAGUGGGCGAGGUUGUUCUCGGGUCGGUCUCUUGCUCGUGUGUUGUAGAGAAGGUGCUUGAUCACUGCGAGACGGGACAUUUGGAAGGUCGGAUGGGCAGUACAGAGCGUGAAAACUUGUACAGAAGAGACAGCUCCACCCUGGUUGUCGCGUGCUUCGACUUCUAUUGCUGCCCCUUGGCUUAUGUUUCAUGUUGUUAAUUAUGCUGUGCCUGUUGUAUGGAGAAAGAGUCGCCCGCUAAAUAAAGAGCAGAAGAUUUCCCGAAGGUGUGAAAUGGUGCUUCCACCACGGCCGCGGUGUUUGGUAGGGCUCGCAGUAGAACUCUGAAGACCGGAUACGCCGCUGUGCCCUCUCCCUGUAUCUGUAGGACCCCUGUUUCUCGGUUCCCUGUAGCACAUUUCACUGUAUACAAGUAGUGGUUAACAAAUCUCGUGGUACCGCUGCACCCACUCCUGUUUAGCGUUUAUUUGGCCGUCAAACCAAUCGAGCUCCCUGUAUCGGCAUUGGAGCUGUUUUCAGCGAGCAGUAGAGGUUAUCGAUUCGAGUGUCGCUGAGCAAAAAAUUUGCUCCUCGCGCGCGCGCCGUCAAACCAAGGCGCCAGGCAGAUCAGUAUGGGUACAUGUACAAACGUGUUGUGGCAAAUAUGGCGUGUGUCAACUUU